UUGUACAAAUCCAUUACCUAUCAAUGCAAGUACUAAAAACCAAGGAUAUCCAGUCUGAGGCCUGGUCUGUACUUAACCUGGAAAGUCGAAUUAAGAUACACAACUCUAGCUAUGUUAAUUGCGUAGCUAGAGUCGAUUUACCUUAAUUCGAUCUUCGGUGCUGUCUCCACAGUGAAAGUUGAUGGGAGAAAUGUUCCUGUUAACUUCCCUUAUGCCUCGCAUGGAGUAGGAGUUCCAGCGUUGAUGGGAGCGCCGUCCGUAUUUGAUUUAGGGAGUCUUUACUAGACCCACUCAGUCAAACUCUGGAAGAUCAACCACCGCAGCAUGGAACUUCCAGGAAGAUUGCAUGAGACUUUGGCCCUGUUAACAUCUCAGCUGAGGCCCGACUCAAAUCACAAAGAAGAAAUGGGAUUCCUGAGAGAUGUCUUCAGUGAAAAAAGUCUGAGUUACCUAAUGAAGAUUCAUGAAAAGCUCCGCCAUUAUGAAAGACAGAGCCCUACCCCUGUUUUACACAGUGCAGCAGCUUUAGCUGAGGAUGUAAUGGAAGAGUUGCAGUCGACACCUGUGAAUAAUGAAGAAAAAGAACUGCUUCAGCUAUUGUCAACACCACAUCUUAGGGCGAUGCUUGUAGUACAUGAUACCGUUGCCCAGAAAAACUUUGACCCGGUUCUGCCACCUCUGCCUGACAAUUUUGAUGAUGAUUUCGAUGAAGAAUCCGUGAAAAUUGUCCGUCUGGUGAAGAACAAAGAGCCUUUGGGAGCCACCAUCAGAAGGGAUGAGCAAACAGGGGCUGUGAUUGUAGCGAGAAUCAUGAGAGGUGGGGCAGCUGACCGCAGUGGUCUGGUCCACGUUGGAGAUGAGCUGAAAGAAGUCAAUGGGAUUGCUGUGCUUCAUAAACGGCCAGAAGAAAUUAGUCAGAUUUUGGCUCAAUCUCAGGGUUCAAUCACAUUAAAAAUAAUUCCUGCCAUCAAAGAAGAAGAUCGCCUGAAGGACAGCAAGGUUUUUAUGAGGGCGCUCUUCUCCUAUAAUCCAAAAGAGGACAAAGCCAUUCCCUGCCAGGAGGCAGGGUUGCCGUUUCAGAAGAGGCACAUCUUAGAAGUGGUGAGCCAGGAUGAUCCCACAUGGUGGCAAGCAAAGCGUGUUGGCGAUACCAACCUCAGGGCGGGAUUGAUCCCUUCAGAACAAUUCCAAGAAAGGCGUUUGAAUUAUAGAAGAACUAUAGGCACUCUGCAAAACUCGAAAACUGUAAAGAAGCCAUUAUAUGAUCAGUCUUCUGAGAAAGCGGACUGUGACUGUGAGGGAUAUUUCAAUGGACAAUAUAUAGCUGGGUUGAGGAGGAGCUUUCGGUUGAGCCGAAAGGAGAAACACAACAACCACAACGAGGCAAAGCAAACAGAUGUCGCUGAGUUCCUAACAUACGAAGAAGUCACUAAAUAUCAGCCGCAGCUGGGAGAGAAGCCGAGAUUGGUGGUUUUAAUUGGUUCUUUGGGAGCCAGACUCAAUGAGCUGAAGCAGAAAGUUGUGUCAGAGAAUCCACAGGAGUAUGGUGUUGCAGUUCCACAUACAACAAGGUCGAAGAAAAGUCAUGAAAAAGAGGGGGUGGAAUACAAUUUUGUCUCUAAGCAAUCCUUCGAAAUGGAUGUACAGCAUAACAAGUUUGUUGAACACGGUGAAUACAAAGAGAAUCUGUAUGGAACUAGUCUCGAGGCAAUCCAAUCUGUGAUGGCCAAAAAUAAAGUUUGUUUGGUGGACGUGGUACCGGAAGCAGUGAAGCACCUGAGAACUCCCGAGUUUAAACCUUAUGUGAUUUUUGUGAAGCCUCUUGUUCCAGAAAAGAAAAAAAAUGCACCAACAUCUCCAACUUCAGAAGAAAUCUCAGUCCCGCUUGAUGAAGAGCAGCAGGACAUUAUUAAUUCGGCAGCAUUUAUCGAAGAGCAGUACGGUCACUUAAUUGACGCUGUGCUGCUGAAAGAAGACCUGCCGAGUGCCUGUAAUCAGUUGAAAGCGCUGCUAGAGAAGCUGAAGGAGGACUCAUUUUGGGUGCCAGUCAAUUGGGUUAGGUCAUAGCCUGCCAUUGGAAAGCCUGUAUAACAUGUGCUGUAAAUGUAAAUAUUUAUAAGAGGGAAAACUGCCAGCCUGUCUAGAAAAUCAUAUGAAAAUGUCCCAUCAGUUAAACUAGACCAACCCAUGGUUCGUGAGCUGCGUGCGGCUCUUCAAAGAAAAAUUGCAGCUCCGGCACCCGCACCUCGCGGGUCUUAAAGGGGCAGCGUGGCGAAGCGAAAGCAAGGGUUCUGCAAAGAGCCAACACUCCCCCGCCCUCUCUGAAAGAGACAGAAACGGAAUCCUGUGCAGACUUCGAAAUGGCCGCCUUAAAAGGGCAAUGCCUGCUGGGCUCUUAAAAGGGAUAAACUGUUUAACUGUUUGGUUUGUUUGUUUGUGUUGUUUUUUUCCUCAACAACUUUUUUCCCUUGGCUCUUUGUGCUCUAUCCACCACUAUUCUGGCUCUUCAUCUGUAAUGGGUUGGCCACCCCUGAACUAGACAGAUCCAUCAGCCAGAAGCUGACAUGGGGUUCCUGAGUCACAAGUUUUAGUAGAAAGAGCCAUUGAAAAAUGUGAGUGCUCAGUAAAAAAUUUUCUGAUGUUUAAGCUUUGUAAAUACUUUGUGAUAGAGAGUGAAACUUCACCUGGUGGCUAUGGUUCCAUUCUGCCAAUAGAUAGGGACACAAACCUCUGAACCCAGACCAAUGGUCCCAGACAGCACAACGGACAAAUUGGACCUUGGAGAUUAAAUCUACAUGGCCGCAAGACUUUUUUUCAAAUACUUCAGGAAAUUUGGAUACACAGAGUUUUAUAGUGUAUGGCUGAAAAUGCAGAUGUAUUAGGACUUUGGAAAUCAAUGACCGUUCAUAAUUUGCUAAACUGGCUAUUGAAACAUAGUACAUUAUGCACCAAAAAAAGAGACAUAUAAAUAAGUUGAAUAUUUUUUAAUUUAACAAAUGCUUUUCUAGCCUUUUUCAUCUCUCUUGUUUGCUUUAAUUUGUAGCUUUAAGCUGAGAGUGUAGGUCACAUUUUGAUUUGAUGGGGAUGCGCCUAAAAACAAAUUGUGAAACUUAUCAAAUGCCAAAAAAUUAAUAAGGGUCUAAAUUUGAGAGCUUCUUUACCCCCGCUCCGAUUGGCCCUGCUGUCAGGUAACUUAGCCGUCUGGCUAAGUUACAAUCAGUUAGGCCACAUCGUAAGAACAUAAGAACGACCAUACUGGGUCAGACCAAAGGUCCAUCUAGCCCAGUGUCCUGUCUUCUGACAGUGGCCAAUACCAGAUGCCC